AGAUAUUAACAACAAACAAUAUUCUAAAGUGGAAUUUCUUCUUUACAGGUCUGAACAAACAGCGCGCUAGAAAAACCGGUCAGCGGAUUAUUGACCCAGUCUCGAUCGGUCACCGGAACCAUUAUGCCUUACAUAUCCAUCACUAUCUAACGCAGCGGACCUGACUCGCAUUGCAACUGACAAACACCGUUACUUAAUUAUGCCAGUCUAAUAGUUCCACCAUGAUGGAAGACGUCUCGCCCCGCCCCAGCGUCGAGUACAUCCCGCCACUGCCACCUAAAGUCAAGCAGAAGGCCACUACGUUUACACAAAUAACUAGCGAUGAUACUAAGUUAAACGGUAACAUGGAUUCGAUCAGUUCGAUGCACUCACUCGUCCUUAAUUCUAAGCCUUCUGCAACGGUAUUCAUAGCGGCGACCCAGCCAGAACGGCCUGCAAGCACGUCUAGCUCGGACGCUCUAAACGGCCCACACGUGGUCACUAUCAGAAUUAACACAGACUCCGACAAACCGAAAGCACCUAAAAUCUCGAGCGUUCACCUCAAAAGCGAUGCAGACUUCGACGCCUUCAAACUCAACGACAUUUACAAGAAAAACAACAGCCUGGUCAGGCUCAAUGUCGAAGAUAGACCCAAGAUUUUAGAUGAAGAAUUAAAAACUGAUAAACCACCGUAUAUCUACUGCAGCUCCUACAUGAACUCCAAUAUAGUGAUGUCAAGUGGGCAGUGCUCGCCGAGCGACACCCUAGAUUCCGGAACCUGCAGCGACCUUGACGGCACACCACCUCCGCUACCUAAAAAGAAGCUCACGAAGUCUACAAAGAAAGUCUCUGUGACUGUAAUUAGUUCCACGAACGGCAGUCAUGAUGAAUAUGAAGACAACGAUUCUAACAUAUCGUGCGAUUCGCUUAAUAGUAGUGAGCUUAACGGAAGCGUGCACGCCGACGAAAACCAUAGCGAAAAUAGCAAAAACGAAAAGAAACAGAGUCCACCUGCCGCGCCGAUGAUGCCGGCCUUUGAAGCCAACACUAACAACAAAGACAACAGCUUUCUACCACAAGGUCUGCUCCAAGACAUUAGAGACCGUUCUGUCAAACUCAAUACGGUCGAAACUGAAAGCGAACCGGCCGAGCCUCUGGAAGCGAACCAGAAUAUUAAUGAAAAUGCUAAUUUAUCGAAAGAAAGCGCGCAACUAACGUCGUUCCGUCUAGUUUCUCAGUGUAAUAGUGAAGUGACGACUAAUUCAGACGGAGAUUCAUUACUGAACGUCUCUAAAACCCCUCUAAUUAGCGAAAGCACGUACGAGGAGCGCAAGAAGGAUAAAAUUAAACAAGAAAAAAUGUGUUACAGUAGCAAUUAUUUUGACGCGGACAAAUAUUACGACUUCCAUCUCAACGAGAAACAGUUCGACGAUGUUCAGUCCGUGAAAAGUGUUAGUGGUGUGAGUGUUAAAAGUGAUGAGUUAUCAGAAUUAGAAUAUUUUGCGGGAAUUAAGGAUUUCAAGAGUGAAGGGGCUCCUUCGACGAUAAGGAGUUCGAAAGGCACGAUUCGCGGCGUGAAAAAUCGCGUCCGAGCCGGCAUAGCAACAUUCCUCCAAAUCCAGAACACGACAAAGAGCUACAAAGAAAAAGACGCCGGCAAAGUGGUAAUCUACACCACCACCAUGGGCAUCGUCCGCAGCACGUACCAGCGCUGCAACCUCGUUAAGAAGAUCCUCAGGAACCUACUCGUCAAAUACGAGGAGCGGGAUGUGUUCAUGAGCACGGAGUAUCAAGAUGAGAUCAGAGAUAGGAUGAAGAGCGACCAGAUUCGAAUCCCGCAGUUGUUUGUAGAUGGCCAGUAUGUUGGGGACGCAGACACCGUGGAGAAACUAAACGAGAGUGGGGACCUCAGGAAAAUGCUUAAGCCUUAUAAGAGCCCCGACGCCUGCAAUACGUGUCAGAUGUGCGGCGGGUUCCGCCUACUACCCUGCAGAAUCUGCAACGGUUCCAAGAAGAGCUUACACCGCAACCACUUCACCGCCGAGUUCGUCGCCCUGAAGUGUAUGAACUGCGAUGAGGUAGGCCUCGUACGGUGUGAGGUGUGCUCUUGAAGCUGAGAACACGC